CUAUAAAAUUAUAAUUCAUAAUUUUGAUUCGGCAGUAGUAAAUUAGUCUAAUUGGGUUAUAGUUAAUGGCUAAAGGUUGGAAAUUGACCACGAGCAGGAGCGAACGGUUCCUGGGUAGCUACAGCUAUGGUCAAGGUCAUGUGUCCUACAACGAGGACUCGCCAGAGCUGGAGGAAGAAGACGUUUGGUCGACCAUGGUCGACGAUCAUGUUAACGGCAGCGGAGGAGCUGGAAGUCAAGAUCAGUCAAUGAUGAACGGAUCAUCGUACAGAGAGUGGGAGACACGCGCCCCAAUGCAAAUUGGUGGGGGUAUGAACGGGCGGGGGCGGAUUCAUCAAGACGAUCGUCCCGUAGGCGGAUUGUCGCUGGCUUUCGACGACAACCGUCGAGAUCAACAACACGUGUCGUCGCCAAGGAUUCUCCAUCAGUAUCGAGGAGGCGUUGAUGGGUUUCAGAGCACACGUGGACGCCACAUGGCGACGUCGGCUCCUGUGAACGUACCUGAUUGGUCGAAGAUCUACUGUGUUGACUCGGUUGAGUCGAUGCAUGACUCGGACGACGGGGCGGAGGAUCGGGACUCGGAGGAGAUUGUCCCUCCGCACGAGUAUUUGGCGCAAGAGUACCGCAAAAUGGCGGCGCAUUCCGUAUUUGAAGGCGUCGGCCGGACCUUGAAGGGCCGCGACAUGAGGCGGGUUCGCGAUGCUGUUUGGAGUCAGACCGGUUUCGACGGCUAGAAAAUUUUAAUAUAAAAUAUAUUAAUUUUGAUUGGGCGAUGACUCGACCGAGCUAACUCGGAUUGAACGCGUUCAACUCGUCACCGAUGGAGCCCUACUAUAUAUUAUAUGUUAUUAUUAUUAUUAUUAUUCCUCUUCUAAAGUCCUAAAAACCUCUCACUAGCUAGUUCCUUUUAUUCCCCUAUAAUAUUUGUGAGGUUGUCUGUCUGUUGGUUUGAAAUUUACUGAAUUGUCCACAGUAAACAUCACUAGUAAUUUUUAUUCUUCAA